AUGCUAGAUGCUAGACCACCUACUCCAGAGCUCAAGGCCAUCGCCGCAUUCAACAGUACUGUCAGUCCCCUUCUUCGCCUACCACCCGAAGUGCGGAACUCCAUCUUUGCAUACGCCUACAGUGGUCUGAACAUCUAUCUGUCCAACACAACAUCCUACACAUCCGGAGACGAGCCGAAGAUCAACGUCACGCAUUUCCCAACUCUGACUUGGCCCUCCGUCCCCUCCCCCUUUGUCGCUCUUCAGCAGACUUGCCGCCAAAUCUACACUGAGACAGCAUUGCUCCCUUUCUCCUCAGUGAACAAGUUCUGGUUCCUCAGUGUCACUUCCUUGGACGUGUGCAAACCAAAGUUCUAUUCUGCGCAGUGGGAUUGUAUCAGCUAUGUCUUCUUCGUUGUUAGUGUCAAUACCGUAGCUAACAAUCUGGAUACCUCCAACCCGCCACCAAUUGGCAACUUUCGGAAAGAAAGGCUGCAGGGGCUGAGCAGUUUCCAGGGCCUGCAGAAGGUAACAGUGUAUUUGAAUGCUGAGCAGUGCGAGGCGGGAGCUUUGUUGAACGGUCUGAAGAUGGCACUGGAGGAUGACGUGAAGGAGGCGGUACCGGCAGGUGUGGAGAUUGUAUUUGCGCUCCGUGCGAAAGUUUCAAGGACUGGAUCGCCACCUGCAUGGGUAUGGAAAUCUUUUGAUCGGAAUAUUGCAACGGAACCAAGUCAAUAA